GGGGCGCGGGGGGGCCGCUCCGCCCGGCGGGGACGCGGCGCUGCCCCGCACAAAGGCGGCGGGAGCGUCCGGUGCGGCCGCUCCGCUCCCCCGGCACCCCCCGGUACCCCCCCCCCGGUAGCCCCCCCCCGGCAUUCCCCUCCCCACCCCCGGCACCCCGCCAGCGCCACCGCCCGCCCGGGGUUCCGGGCACCGGGUCGGGGCAGCGGGAGCACCGGGACCGCCAAGUCCGGGCAGCGGGAGCAGCGCUGCGGAGCACCGGGAGCGUCUGGUCCGGGCAGCGGGAGCCGUCCCGCCCCGCACGGUAGACCGGGACAGCGGGAGCCGUCCAGCCGGGCACCGGGAGCCGUCCAGGCGGGACUGGGAGCCGUCCAGGCGGGACCGGAGCAUAUCCAGUCACCGAGAGUCGUCCAGCCAGCACCGGGCACGGCAGGUCUGGUCACCGGGAACGAUCCAGGCAGCGCCGGCCACGGCAGGUCCGGUCACAGGGAACCAUCCAGGCAGCACCGGGCACGGCAGAUCCAGAAGGAGGACCGGCGGGCCGGCUGGGCACCGGGCACCAUAAAUCUGGGCACAGCGGCUCAGGGCGCCAUGGGCCCCCCCAGGGUGCUGCCCGCCCUGGCCUGGCUGCUGGUGGGGCUAAGCGUGCCGGCGCCGUGCUGGAGCCAGCUGCACGGUGAGAAGGGCAUCUCCAUCCCCGACCAUGGCUUCUGCCAACCCAUCUCCAUCCCGCUCUGCACCGACAUCGCCUACAACCAGACCAUCAUGCCCAACCUGCUGGGUCACACCAACCAGGAGGACGCAGGGUUGGAGGUCCACCAGUUCUACCCCUUGGUGAAGGUCCAGUGCUCGUUGGAGCUCAAGUUCUUCCUCUGCUCCAUGUACGCGCCGGUCUGCACGGUGCUGGAGCAGGCCAUCCCGCCGUGCCGCUCCAUCUGCGAGCGGGCACGCCAGGGCUGCGAAGCCCUCAUGAAUAAAUUUGGUUUCCAAUGGCCGGAGCGAUUACGUUGCGAGAAUUUCCCCCGGCAUGGCGCCGAGCAGAUCUGCGUGGGGCAGAACCAUUCAGAGGACGGCGGUUCGCCAGCGUUGCUCACCAGUGCCACGCCGUUGGCCGGCCAGGGGACCCCGGGUGCCCCUCGUUACGCCACCCUCGACCACCCCUUCCACUGUCCGCGGGCGCUGAAGGUGCCCAGCUACCUCAACUACAAGUUCUUGGGCGAGAAGGACUGUGCGGCGCCCUGCGAGCCCACCCGGCCCGAUGGCCACAUGUUCUUCAACGAGGACGAGAUCCGUUUCGCCCGUAUCUGGAUCCUCAUCUGGUCCGUCCUGUGCUGCGCCUCCACCUUCUUCACCGUCACCACCUACCUGGUGGACAUGCAGCGUUUCCGCUACCCCGAGCGACCCAUCAUCUUCCUCUCGGGGUGCUACACCAUGGUGUCGGUGGCCUACAUCGCUGGCUUCGUGCUGGAGGAGAGGGUGGUCUGCAACGAGCGUUUCCAGGAGGAUGGCUACCGCACGGUGGUGCAGGGCACCAAGAAGGAAGGUUGCACCAUCCUCUUCAUGAUGCUCUACUUCUUCAGCAUGGCCAGCUCAAUCUGGUGGGUCAUCCUCUCCCUCACCUGGUUCCUGGCCGCUGGCAUGAAGUGGGGCCACGAGGCCAUCGAGGCCAACUCCCAGUACUUCCACUUGGCCGCCUGGGCCGUGCCGGCCGUCAAGACCAUCACCAUCCUGGCCAUGGGACAGAUCGACGGGGACCUGCUGAGCGGCGUCUGCUUCGUGGGCCUCAACAACAUCGACCCUCUCCGGGGCUUCGUGUUGGCCCCACUCUUCGUCUACCUCUUCAUCGGUACCUCCUUCCUUCUGGCCGGCUUCGUCUCCCUCUUCCGCAUCCGCACCAUCAUGAAACAUGGUGGAACCAAAACAGAGAAGCUGGAGCGGUUGAUGGUUCGCAUCGGGGUCUUCAGCGUCCUCUACACUGUCCCGGCCACCAUUGUCAUUGCUUGUUAUUUCUACGAGCAGGCUUUCCGUGAGCACUGGGAGCGCAGCUGGAUCAGCCAGAACUGCAAGAGCUUAGCCAUCCCCUGCCCGCUCCACUUCACCCCCCGCAUGACCCCCGAUUUCACCGUCUACAUGAUCAAGUAUCUCAUGACUCUCAUUGUGGGCAUCACCUCCGGCUUUUGGAUAUGGUCGGGUAAAACCCUGCACUCGUGGAGGAAGUUCUACACGCGACUCACCAACAGCAAGCAGGGCGAGACGACGGUGUGACCCCCCCCCCUCCCCAAGCCUGGCCGCUGCUGCCCUUCGGCUUGAAUUUUUUGGGGGGGUUUUAUUAUAUAUUUUUUAUUUUUAGAUUUAUUAACGUCUAAGGGGUGUCUCUCUUUCUCUUUGGUUUUUUUUUUUUUUUUGUAAUUAAACCUGUAAAUAGCAUUUGUAAAUUUAAUUAUAUAUUUCUAUUUAAAACAAAAAAGAGGGAAAAAAAGGAGAAAAGGGAGAAAAAAAGGAGAAAAGGGAGAAAAAAAGGAGAAAGGGGAGAAAAAAAGGAGAAAGGGGAGAGGAAAAAAAGGAGAAAGGGGAGGGAAAAAAGAAAAGGGACAGGGAAAAGAGGAGAGGAAAAGGAGAGAAAAAAGGAGGGAAGAAAAGGGAGAAAAAGGAAAAAAAGGGAGAAAAAGGAGGGGAGAAAAAAAGGUUGGGAAACGAGAAAAAGGAGGGGAAAAAACGGAAAAAAAAGGAGAAAAAGGGGAAAAAACCUGCCGAGAUGGGGGAGAGAAUUCUCGCCCUCCUCUCCCCCUCUCUCCGCUACCCGGGUUGGGAUCCCCCCUUCCCGCGGGGCCGCCGGGGGCUGUUGGCGUUGGCCGAGGGGCUCCGGGAACGGCUCCGGGAACGGCCCGGGCCCGCUCCGGACCGGCUCUCCCCGGGCACGGGCAGCUCCGCCGAGCCCUGAAAAAAGGGGGGGUAAAAAAAAGAAAAAAAAAAACCAAUAAAAAUCCCAUUUUUCUCCCUCUCCUUUUGGAACCUCCCCAAGAAAGUUGAUUUUUUUAUUACCUACCCCCCUUUGCUCGCUCCCAAAAGGUGCUGUGACAGGGCUGCCCUCCUCCCAGCCACCCGGGGUUGGGGUCUCUGCCUGUACCCCUGCCUGCACCGCCCUGCCUGUACCUUCCCCCCAGCUUGGCUGCAGACUCUUCCUCCCAAAUUACUUUUUAAACAGUCCUUUGCAAAUACAAACGACUAAAAAAACACCACUAACUUAUUCCCGAGGGCUUUUUUUUUCCCCCAAAAAUCAAGAAUUAAAUGGAGGGGGGGGGUGUCCCAUGGGUGCUGCCAGGCCCCCGCUCCGCUUCCAUUGCACUGUGGGGAUGAGCCAGCAUCUCCCCUCCAGCUGGAACAAAGUGCUUUGCAGGGGAAAAAAUAUCUAUUUAACCCCCAAAAUAAGGAUUUUUUUGGUUUGCAGUGGAAGGGGGGGGCCUCUCCUGUGCCCCCCCCCCCGGAGGAAAUAGCUGACAUUUUCUAUAGGAUUAGGGGGUUUUGGCUCCGAUCCCAAGUCUCCGGAGAAAAGCGGGUCCGAGCUCCGGUUCGGCUUGUUGGGAUUUG